UUAAAAAGAAGAAAAAUCGUUUUUUUCCUUUUCAGUCUAUAUUAAAGAAAGGUAGCAGCUGUCUCAUUUCGCUCUUCGCUCUAACUGGUGGCUUGAGCUCUGCUUCUCUUUUCGGCGCUCUCUCCUCUCCCUUGGCGUCCUAUUCCUCUUCUUGGGUUUAUAUUGCACAUCAAAUGUCUUUUGAUUUCUGCAAGAAAAAUUGGGCAUAUCUUUGGUGUGACUUUGGGUUUAUGAGCCGGGGGAGACUGUGGUGUUCGCAGAAGAUAGUGUUUCGCCAUUGGACUUGAUGCUUUGUUUCCUGUUUUACUUCUGUUUAAAAGUUAGACAUCUCGUUUAAUCUUCUUUGCAAGAGGCAAAACUGCUUUGUAGGAUUUAGGGAUUUGGUGAUCUUCUGUACAACCACUAUUUUGAUUGCGCCUUGAAGUAACACCGUAUAUUGGAUUUAAUAACUUCUGUACACAGUGGGCUUUUUUAACGCUUGAAUUAUGGGGAAAAAAUCAUUGCCUCCAGGGUUCCGGUUUCAUCCUACUGAUGUUGAACUUGUGAAGUACUAUUUGAAGAGAAAAGUGAUGGGGAAGAAGCUUCAUUUUGAUGCCAUUGCAGAGGUCGAUAUUUACAAGUUUGCUCCUUGGGAUCUUCCGGAUAAAUCUUGUUUGCGGACUGGGGAUCUGAAGUGGUAUUUCUUUUGCCCACGAGAGAAGAAAUAUGCAAGUGGAACUAGAAUGAACCGUGCUACUGAUUUGGGGUAUUGGAAAACCACAGGCAAGGAUAGAUGUGUUCAUUACAAUGAUGAAGUUGUGGGGAUGAUAAAAACCUUGGUUUUUCACAGAGGUAAAGCACCUAAAGGGGACCGAACGGAUUGGGUUAUGCAUGAAUAUAGACUUGAAGACAAGGGGGUGGAUCUCAGAGGAUUUGCUCAGGAUGCUUAUGUGAUCUGUUCAGUAUUUAAGAAGGACGGUCCUGGCCCAAAAAAUGGUGCCCAAUAUGGAGCACCGUUUAAAGAGGAAGACUGGGAUGAUGAUGAUGAUGACGAGGAGGAGGAGGAGGAGGAGGAGGUGAAUUGUGUUGAGGUUGCUACUUCUGUUGGCGUGUCUGCACUGGUGCCAGUUUAUCAAAAUAGUAACAUUGUUACAAGCUCACAUUUAGAAGGUGACGAUGAGGAGGAGGUGAAUUGUGCUGAGGUUGCUACUUCUGCUGGCAUGACUGCACCAAUGCCAGUUUAUCAAAAUGGUAACAUUGGGACCAGCUCACAUUUGUCAGAAAGCACAUGCGUAGAAUCUACUGUAUUACUUCCAUCUGAGUUACCAUCUGAAUCAAAUGCUGCUGCUGUAGUUGGUGAUAGUUAUUUUCCAUCAGCUGAGCCUGCCCAAGUUGGAAGUGAGAAUGAUGGUAUUUUUGCAAUGUUGGCUAACUUCUUAGAGGAAAGCCCAUCCAUUCAAAGUGAAAAUGACAUGAAUGAACAGGUUCAUGAUAUCAAUCAUGGUGGAAACAAUGCAGUUAAUCCCAAUUCAAAUGGAAUCGAUAUUUAUGAUGGUUUAGGAGAUCUGGGCAACCUGACUAGAAUUGAUGACGGUGCAUAUAGUACACUUGAUUAUACAGGUCCAGCUAUGGACCAAAUGCUUGGGAGCGAUGAUAUGCAAUAUUUGGAGCUGAUGGAUCUUGAUGCGCCUUUGGAUCGCUCUACUGAACCUGGUGGAUAUGAACAAGUCCAAACUGGUGGCUUGCAUGUUGAUGAGAAUCAAUUCUUUAAUGCAGAAGAUUUGCAUUGCGUUGUUAAUUCUUGCAACUCUGCAGAGCUUUUCCAUGGAACAGUCGGACAUCCCCAGAGAUGAGAAAUCAAAUUUCUGAGAAAUGCUGGUUAUUGAUUUAUUACAGAAAUUCUUGUGUGAUCUAACCGAUGGCUGAUUGACACACAACAAAUAUUUUCAUUUUCACAACAAUAUUUUUAGGACCAGCACUACCAUAUUUUUAAAGCCUUAUCUGCUAUAUGCUCCUUUCUUAGAAAUUUUUAGGACUUGCUUAUAAUUUUCUAUGUUUAUUGAGAAUAUUAAUUUUCAUUUUCCGUGGAGAACUUUUAAAACUUGUUUAUUUAGUAAGUUAUUUUGAAAAA